CCCUCAGUCACUCAGUGCCACGCUUCAUUAUUAUUAAAUCGCUGCAAAGUACAAAGUAUUAAUCUAGUCCUCUCUACGUUCCUUUGGAUAUUUAAAUUAUCUACGGUCUCUGGCUGGGAUCCGGUCCGCUUUCUUCAUCCGCUUUCUCUCCUUUUUUUCUUGCCCCCCAGCAAAGUAAACGCGUAUCGCUGCAAUCCCGUCCUUUCACUCUCUUAUGAUUCUCCCGAUAGAAUAAUUAGAUCAACCCCCCUUCGAUCUAACGAGAACUACUCUAGUCUAGUCCAUUAUUGCGAUCAUCCAUUGUACUCCACGUGAUCUGUUGCUGGCGUUGAAACACCAACCACGUCAACUUUUCUGUCAGCCAGCAAGCAAACACGGACUGUUCGCCAUUUAACCCCGCCUUAAAGAUCUCUGGUCCUCUGCGAAUCUUCCUGUCUCUUUUUUUUGACGUGAUAUCACCGUUGAGACUUUUUGAGCUAGCAAGCUUGUCCCAACGAUGCCUUCUGACCCGACACUGUAUCUCUACACGUCCCUGACGGCGGGGUCGUCGCACAUCAUCACCGCAACGUCGCGUCUCGAGACUAUUCUCAAGGCCAACAAACUCCCGUUCCGUGCAAUUGAUGUCGCCACAGAUGACAAGGCCCGUCAGCUCUGGGGCCGUCGUUCCAAGGGGAAGAAAUUACCAGGCUUGGUGAAGUACGGGGAAAUUGUUGGAGAUCUCGAGCAGAUCGAGGAAUGGAACGAAUACGGGGAACUGAAGAUGCAGAUCAACAAUUUUGAGGAUCCCGACAACUUCAUCUCAGAAGACAACCCGGCCUAUUCGAAACCUGCCACCCAGUCCAGUGCGACGAUCGCUGCAACUACAGCUACGACGGGCACGCCCAAGUCGAGCAACACACCUCAUAUCCAGAUCAAGAGUCCUCCCGCUGAGGAGCCCACGGUCGACGAGCGUAUCACCCUGGCGUUGCGUCUGGCGGGCGAAGAGGCUGCUUCCAAGGCCAAAGACACUAAGACGGCUAAGAAGGUCGCGAAACCCGCGGAGAGUGCUUUGGAGAAGGCGGCGUCAUCCACAGAACCGCCCAGCUCUAAACCUGAAGCUGCUAGAACGGCGGAGAAGCCAACCAGACUCGACGAGACGGCGGAGGAGAGGGAGAGCAAAAAGCCAGAAGGCGAACAGGCCAACCCUGGUCGCAGGAAGUCUGUUGUUCCUGCUGCUGAGAUUGCUGGAAACCCGCGUCGCCCAUCCCUGGUCCCAGAAGUGGCUGCAGUGUCCAGUGCGAAUUUCAGGGCUGAGAACGCAGAGGCCCUUGGUCUUGUGGAACAUCACCGCGGGUCUAUAGUGUCUGCGACAUCUCCGGAGGAAAUGAACAGCGUCCGCAACGAGAUUCGGAAAUCGAUUUCUGAGGGCCCGAAGGGGGUGAUUGAUGCGCUGAGGGGCGAUCUCGCGGAGCAGAGAGAGAAGGAAGAGACGGUUACGACGCCUUCCACUAUCGCAGAGGAAGAAGCAGACGCUCUAGCUCCUUCAAAGGCGGAGAAGGAGAAGUCCGAAACGGACAAGGAAACCGAAGAGACUCCGCAGAAGCAGGACCCGAAGGAUGAGGUUCUGACUGGCGCUAGCGUGCAAGACUGAAGGAUGGUUCUGUUUUCUUUUCCUUCUGCAUUUUCCCCCAAGAGCAUCUCUCGAUUAGUACUUUCAUGAAGUCGAUGAUCAGUUACACUAGCUUUGCGUGUCAUUAUUUAUCGAUACCAUGUCAUUCUACAUUUUGAUUUUGCCAUUGAUUCUCGUUACCAGAUUGCCAUGGGGUUAUUAUUCAUUAGGUUAGAUUGAGCAGGUUCCAGUUUCGGUGAGAAGAUCCUCUUGUAAAUAAUCUACUCUACUCUACUCCUGCCAAUACCCAUACCUGUAGUAGGUGGGUGGUACUUUAAACACUCUUCAAUCAUUUAUUGAUUUUCUACUGAAAUUUGUAACAA